UUGGGUCAUCUAACGUAGCAGGAACGUGAAUCGAGGUGAACAACAUAAAUAGGGUGAAACGGGACUAGUCCAAUGACACCAGGGACUCGGAUGGGCGUAGUAGACAUCUAACAGAAGUACACCGAAAGGAUAAUUGUGAGCUAAUUAAGCUAGCUUCAUCAUGUCUUCUUCAAGCGAGUGGGUGUUGUACUACUGGCCUCUGGCAGGGCGCGGAGAAUUUGUGCGGCUGGUUUUUGAGGAAGCCGGGGUUCCGUACAAGGAGAUCAAUGACGUUGAAUUGUUGUCCAAAAACUUUAAGAAAAUCGAUCUUCCGCCAUCAGAAGACUUCAGCUUUCCUUGCUUUGCCCCGCCCGUGAUUAAGAAAGGUGAUUUUGUCCUCAGCCAGACUCCGGUGAUAUGCGAGUAUCUCGGGAAGAAGUUCGGGCUGUAUCCAGAUGGAGGCGAGGAGGAGGAGUAUCACGCGCGGCAGUUUAACCUUACCAUACAUGACUUUAUUGCUGAUGGACGCUUGGCAUUUCACGGCCGCAAUCAUACAGAAUCGUACUACACACAGAAGGAAGAGACCCAGACGUACAUCGACUUCUUUGUGAAGAAUCGACUUCCAAAGUGGCUGAGAAACUUGGAGCAUUUGUUAAAUGCUAACUAUGGGAAACACGGAGGGAAAGGGUAUGCGAUAGGCACCAAGAUGACGUACGUAGAUCUAGCUCUUCUCCAUGUGUUAAGGGCGACCGAGUCACAAUUUCCCGCGCCAUGGGAAGAAUUGAAGGGUAGCUUCCCUCUGUGUCGCGAGUUCAAAGAGAGAAUGUCCCAAAGACCCAACUUAGCAGCCUAUUUCAAGUCCGACAGGUGUCGCCCGUUUGAAGGCAACAGUAUGAUGUAGAAUUGGUUGCUGUGUUGUCACUGAUUUGAGAUACGUUUAUAGGCAGUGGACUCAACUUAUAAUGCACCAUCAAUGUUAUAUUAACAUGUUAAACCAAAAAAAAAAAAAAAAAACUGAACUGCCAUACUGCUAUCACUGACUGUGGUAUCGGGAAGUCAACAUCUUCAUGACCUGUACCCGUAUAGGGUUAAAUGCACAGUCAGUGUUCUUCUUCAGACGGUCUUUUUGGAAAUGGACAUUUUUAUUUAUUUAUUUAUUUAUUUAUGGUACUUUUUCAUGCGGUUCAAAAUUUCGUAUAAUUGUUUAUUUGCCAUAUGUGUUUAAUAAAUUAAUAAUUGCUUAUCAUAUGUGUAUAUUUCUCCAAGUACCGUUACAAAUGCCGAGUCACAAAGAAUGAGAGGAGAGCCAUGCAUUAGUAAGACGGUCAACGUAGUAUUUCCCCGGAAUAUCGUCACUCAGUUACGGCAACGACUCCCAUCUUUUUCAUGGGGAACGUUGUGAAUUCUACAAAACUGAUGCUACAUAUACAAAGUCGUAAAUCCUUAAAGUAAAGCAUUCCUAAAGAG